AUGUCUCUCCUAUUGCAUAUCCUAAGAGAGAUGCUGGAAUAUUUUGGUGUUCCCAGAGAACAGGUUUUGCAGAUUUGGGACAAUAAAGACUAUGGAUCAACUCGGAGUAUUGUUCGUAUUAUUGGGACAAUCCUUCCUUUAGGACCUUGUCCCAGGCCUAAUUUUGAGUUGGUCCCAGUCUUGAACUCUGUAGGCACGCUUAACUGUGGAUCUGUAGUCCCCUCUUUGGCUGAUAUUCUGUGUGUGGCAAAUGAAGAAGAAGCCAGUUGUCUCAGAUUUCGAAGUAGUAUACGGAAAAAUGAAGGAGAGGAGAAAAUGGAAUUUUCCCGUCCUUCACAAUUAGUUUGGGAUCCACAGUUACCUACUCUAAGACAUGAAAAUCUAGUGAAGAAUAAUCACCCUCCAAAUGAUGCUGCAUUUAAAAAAAUAGCUGCCCUUGAAGAUGAGUUAACUUUUCUUCGCUCUCAAAUUGCUGCAAUUGUGGCAAUGCAGGAACUGAAAAAAGGUACAAAUUAUAACUACUUUGAUUUGAAUGAUGGGCCGAGCUGUUUGGGACGAACGCCAUCAUCGGAGACUGCUCAGCUGAGGGUUGACCCAGAUCUGUUUUCAAGUCCACCGUUUCCCUCUCCUCCUCCUCCACCACCACUGCCCCCUCAGCUAUCUUCUCUACAGCCUCCCAGUUCUCUCUGCCCAGAAUCUGAUAACAUGUGUAAUACAGAUAAUUCAGGAACUGAAAUGAAAAAACAACACCCAGGUGCCAGGAAGACCGAUUGUAGUCGUCAUUCAAGACACCAGAAAAGUAAAGAUGCGCCAAACAUGUUGGACGUUCUGAAGGAUCUGAAUAAGGUUAAGCUUCGUGCAAUUGAGCGGUCACCUGGAGGUAGACCCAUUCAUAAGAGGAAAAGACAAAAUUCACACUGGGAUCCAGUGUCUUUGAUAUCCCAUGCACUUAAACAGAAGUUUGCAUUCCAGCAAGAUGAUUCCUUUGAGGCAGGAAACAGAUCAUGGGAGUCCUCCCCAUUUUCUAGUCCAGAAACUUCAAGGUUUGGCCAUCACGUUUCACAGUCAGGACAGUGA